AUUGCUAUUGAAGGCUGCUGUCAUGGACAAUUGGAUGAUAUUUAUGGUACAAUCAAGUUACUAGAACAAAAAGAUAAUAUCAAAGUAGAUCUUGUAUUGAUCUGUGGUGAUUUCCAAGCUAUAAGGAAUAGGGCAGAUUUACUAUGCAUGGCCGUACCAGAAAAAUAUCGUGAAUUGGGAACUUUUUGGAAAUAUUAUGCUGGAUUGGUCAAGGCACCUUAUCCUACUAUAUUUAUUGGAGGUAAUCAUGAAGCAAGUAACUAUCUCUGGGAACUAUAUCAUGGUGGCUGGGUCUGUGACAAUAUCUAUUAUCUGGGGAACGCUGGUGUCAUUCAAUACAAUGGUAUUCGUAUAGGUGGUCUAUCUGGUAUUUUUGGUGGGAGAGAUUACUAUACAGGUCAUUAUGAACAUUCACCUUACUCACCAUCGGAUCUUCGUUCAGUUUACCAUUAUCGUGAAUAUGAUGUUAAAAAAUUACUUCAAAUUCGACAACCUAUGGAUAUCUUUUUGUCUCACGAUUGGCCAAGAGGAGUGGAACGAUAUGGUGAUUUGGCUUCCUUAUUACAGGUACGGUCGAACACUUUAGGAAGCAAGCCAAAUGAAGAACUUUUGACACAUUUGAAACCGGAUUAUUGGUUUGCUGCUCAUUUACAUGUCAAAUAUGCUGCCUUGGUAGAUCAUGACAAGUGGAAAUAUCAAUCUUAUUCUAGCUCAGUACGUGAUGUUCUAGGAUUAUCAUCUACUCUCCAACAAGUACAAGGUCAAGAUGAAGGAAACAACAAUAAUGAAAACAAACAAUCACAAGAACCACAAAGCAUGGAAGAUGAACAAAUGGAACAAAAUGAUUCUUCAAGUAGACCUCAAGUGACUAGAUUUCUUAGUUUGGAUAAAUGCUUACCUCGGAGAUCAUUCUUACAGGUCGUUGAUGUCCCAGCCAAGAAUGAAGAUGGUUUUACUUUUGAUCUUGAAUGGUUAGCCAUUACUCGUGCUAUGCAACCUUAUCUUAGUGUCCAAUAUCAACCGAUACCCAUGCCUCCCGAAGAAGAAGUACAACGAACUGUACAACAAGAAGCAAUGUAUCUGGAUAUGCAACUGGAUGCUGAUGCCUUGGAACUGAAGAUACCAAACAAUUUUACGCCGACAUCUCGACCUCACCAACUCAACCUUACACUGACUAGGGAUGAAAUGCAUCAAUAUCGUAAGUUUCAAUUUAAUAUAUAUAUAUAUAUAUAUAUAUAUAUGUAUUGA